AAUCACACACACUCAAAAUGAAUAAAAUUCUAAUUUGUUUAUUAAGUUUAGCGGUGCUAUCUACAGGUCAACGUAUUACCACCAUACACUUGGAUGGUGUACAGUACUUUAUUAGCCGCAUGAAUCCCUACUCACCCGAAUUAAAUUAUUUCCUCGCCUAUCAGUACUGUCGUUCAUUGGGCCUGCAGUUGGCCUCGUUCGAAACGAAAGAAAAGGCCGAAUCGAUGACAACAUAUUUGAAAAAUGCCGGCUAUGGUAAUUAUGAUUUCUGGACAUCGGGUAAUCGUUUGGGCACGGGCAUGUUCCUUUGGAUGAGUACCGGUUUACCGUUUAAUGCCACAUUUGAUUUCUUCGAAAAUACCAUUGAUUCGAUACAGGCUGGUCUAUUGGAUCCUGUCGAUCAUAAUAGCAAUACAUCGCCACAGCGGACAGCUAGAGACAGCAGCAGCGGCGCCGAAAAAGGCUGUGUCAUUUUGAAGCAGCCCACCUUGAAAUGGAUGCCCGAAGAUUGUUCGGCCGUUAAGGAUUUCAUUUGCGAACAGACACGUUGCUAUUAUUAUAAUUAUGGCAGUAUUCCUGUAUCAUCAGCGCAGGGGUAA